UUGGUUUUGGGUUCUCCUAAAUGCAGAAGAUGAGGCUGUGCAGACUUCUGCCUCCUUUCUGAAGUGGGGGAAGAUGGAACCGCUUAUGUUUCUGGACAAUCCCAAGCUCUCCGUCCGUUUCACUGGACACGCACACACUCAGUUGAGACCCUGCUGCGUGGAGGGCUGAGACAAUGAAGAAGCCAACGGAAGGGACAGGCCCACCCCAGUAGCUAGUGGGGCAUACCCAAACACCAGGAAGGGGUGACGUGGUAACCGCAGAGGUGCUAGGAGGGGCAGACCAAGGUAGUAAGGCCAGUGGCUGUGCACAUCCUUCUAAGAAGACAGAUUUCCUCUUCCAAGACAAUAAGGAGCCAGUGAGGGUAGUGUACUGACCCCAGCAGGCUGACUGAGUGGAAGUCAUUAACUGCUGCAGUCCAGUAUCCCAUCCCCCCCCCAGCCCCGUGACUGUGAUGUUACUGACCAUGGCCCAGUGAUGCCGUCUCCCCAAUCACCCGCCAAGCUCUCCUAGGAGAGAUGUCAUCAGACCACACUUCUUUAAACCUCACAGCAGGUUUCUGCUCCAAGCACUGACCUCACGGGCCUCCCGCAGGGGCAAAUCUGGUUUUCCCUUUUAGCAUAGGGGUGGUGGUUGGAACAUCUGGAAUGUAUUAGAGGUAAGGCCAGGGUGGAGCCUGGUAGCUUCACAUAGAACCUCUCCAAAUCAGAGCUGAUAAUCUCCCUUCCACUCUCUUCUCUCAGAUCUCUCAUCCGCCCAGUCCACCCGGGAUGCCUGGCAUUUGAAGAGAGCCAUCGCCUGAGCAUCUGCUGAGGAUUUUUUUUUUUUUACUGUGGCAUCGGAGAGUUUCUUUGGUACGAGGAAGGAGUGUCUGUGGCCACUACGGUUUUGUAAUUUCCUCUUCUAUCUUUGAGCCGGGUCUUGCCCCUUUCUGCUGCCAUGAUGGCCCAGUCCAAGGCCAACGGCUCACACUACGCACUGACGGCCAUCGGCCUGGGGAUGCUGGUCCUCGGUGUCAUCAUGGCCAUGUGGAACCUGGUCCCUGGUUUCAGCGCUGCAGAUAAGCCAACGGCUCAAGGCAACAAGACAGAGGGAGGCGGUGGCAUCCUCAAGAGCAAGACUUUCUCAGUGGCCUACGUGCUGGUCGGUGCGGGCGUGAUGCUGCUGCUGCUGUCCAUCUGCCUGAGCAUCCGGGACAGGAGGAAGCUGCGGCAGAGCGAGGAACUGGCCCAUAUCCAGCAGCAGGCGGGAGCUGUGCCUCCCACGCAGGAGGAAGACAGCCAGGAGGAGGAGGAGGAGGCCUCCUCACGGUACUACGUCCCCAGCUACGAGGAAGUGAUGAACACAGGCUACUCGGAAGCCAGAGGACAGGAGCAGAACCCCAGACUAAGUAUCUCUCUCCCCUCCUAUGAGUCACUGACUGGACUCGACGAGACGACCCCCACGAGCACCAGGGCAGAGACAGAGGCCAGCCCAGGGCAUGCUCCCGACAGGCAAAACUCCAAACUGGCCAAACGCCUGAAACCACUGAAAGUUCGACGAAUCAAAUCUGAAAAGCUUCACCUCAAAGACUUCAGGAUCAACCUACCAGAAAAGAACGUCCCUCCUCCCUCUAUCGAGCCUCUGACUCCUCCGCCACAGUACGAUGAGGUCCAGGCGAAGGCCCCCGAUGCCCGGCCUCCCGACUGAGUGACCCUCUGACAUCACUCCCUCCUGUCUCACCCUCCACACCAACAGACUGCGCCGAAGCCACUUCAGCCAGAGAGGGGUCAGGACACACUUAGCCACUGUGAUGGGGAUUCUGGGUAGAGGGAGUUACUAAGGACGGUUCACAGAGCCUCAUGUAGCGGGAGCACCAGAAGGAUGCUGAGGGCUUGUGAUACUGUGGACCACAACAAGGUGUGUGGCCUUGGCAGUCCCCUCCUCUUCCUUCCCAACUUGGGGUCUCUGGCGAUGCACUCCUCUUCUGAGCUGGGACAGGAUCCCUAGCAACUGAUGUAGACGGAGGUUGUCUCCUUUAGCUUUCCACCACAGCUGCUGUGUUUCAAAAAGAAACCAAGUGUUUUGCUUGCUUUCUUCACUGGAUCCUUGAACGGGCGGAGAAAUCGGCUCAGCUUUGGCCAAAAAGUCACAGAACCGUCUUGUGAAUACAAUGAGACCAUGUGGGGGUGAAUUGUCCGGGAAGCCCCUAGGGGCCCCUGGUGCUGUUGGUUCUUUGAGGGUCCAAGGCCUGAUGACCUUCAGCGUGUGACAUGUGAGGUGGUUGUCUGAAUCGGUACACUGGUCUCCCGUGGCAAGAGAGGAAAAGCCGCUGUUGGUGUCUUCUCGGAGGUCACGCGGCUGGGUGUUUUAUAAUAAAGUGUUUUAUAUGUAGCA